UACCUCCUCUCUCUCUCUCUCUCUCUCUCUCUCCAAUGGCGACCACCGGCAGCGGCGUUAACAGUGGAAGUACCACCGAUUCCCUCAAUACCCCCACCAAAACUCCGUCGGGCGAGAAAUCAGCUUCUCGGAAACAGCACCGCCACCACCAACCAAUGGACACUCUCGAGAAGGCCGCUUCCGAAUUCAAAAAGAGAUUUGAGGCCUACAACCGCCUGCAGGCCGCCGCCGUUGCAUUUGGGGAGAAACUACCUAUACCGGAGAUCGUCGCAAUUGGCGGCCAGUCCGAUGGGAAGAGCUCACUGCUCGAAGCCCUACUAGGGUUUCGAUUCAAUGUGCGGGAAGUCGAAAUGGGCACCCGACGCCCGCUCAUUCUACAGAUGGUCCAUGAUUCCAAUGCUCUCGAGCCCCAAUGCCGUUUUCAGGAUGAGGAUUCAGAAGAAUACGGCACUGCUGUUGUAUCGUCUACUGUAAUUGCGGACACCAUAAAGUCUCGUACUGAAGCGCUUUUGAAGAAAACCAGAACUGCAGUUUCACCUAAGCCCAUUGUUAUGAGAGCGGAAUAUGCACACUGUCCUAAUCUCACCAUCAUAGAUACUCCGGGCUUUGUUCUCAAGGCAAAGAAAGGUGAACCCGAGAGUACACCCGAAGAAAUUUUGUCUAUGGUGAAGUCCUUGGCUAGUCCACCACAUCGGAUUCUUUUAUUUCUUCAACAAAGUAGUGUGGAAUGGUGCUCGUCUCUGUGGUUGGACGCUGUUCGUGAAAUUGAUCCAUCCUUCAGACGAACGAUCAUUGUUGUCUCCAAAUUCGACAACCGUCUUAAGGAAUUCGGUGACCGUUGGGAAGUGGAUCGAUAUUUGAGUGCAAGUGGAUACCUUGGAGAGAACACUCGGCCGUUUUUUGUUGCACUGCCAAAAGAAAGAAGCAUAGUUUCUAACGACGAGUUUCGCAGGCAAAUAGCGCAGGUAGAUACAGAAGUAAAUCGCCAUUUACGUGAUGGGGUUAAAGGUGGAUAUGAUGAAGAAAAGUACAAAUCCUACAUAGGUUUUGGUUGUCUCAGAGAUUAUUUAGAAUCCGAACUCCAAAAGAAGUACAAAGAAGCUGCACCUGCCACAUUGGCCUUACUAGAACAGCGCUGCGGCGAAAUAACUUCUCUUUUGACCCGAAUGGAGAGCAAAAUACAGGCAACUUCCGACGUUGCCUAUCUUCGGAGAUCAGCCAUGUUGCAUGCUGCUUCUCUCUGCAACCAUCUGGAAACACUUCUUGAUGGAGCAGCAGAUCCAGCACCUGAGCAAUGGGGCAAAACAACCGAAGAGGAAAAACUGGAGAGCGGUAUAGGUGGUUGGCCGGGUGUUACUACAGAUACAAAGCCUCCAAAUGCAACUCUCCGUCUUUAUGGGGGCGCUGCAUUUGAGAGAGUGGUGCAUGAGUUUCGCUGUGCCACAUAUUCUGUCGAGUGCCCUGUGGUGUCGAGGGAAAAGGUGGCAAAUAUCUUACUUGCGCAUGCUGGAAGGGGUGGGAGCAGAGGAAUCGCAGAGGCUGCUGCAGAGAUUGCACGUGCUGCAGCUAGGUCAUGGCUUGCUCCUCUUCUUGACACAGCGUGUGAUCGUCUUGCUUUUGUUCUGUGCAAUCUAUUUGAUAUUGCUAUCGAGAGAAAUCGCCAUCUUCACAUUGGAUAUGGUCAGCAAUCUGGAGAUAUGGAUGGAUUUGUAGCUUUUCAUGCUGCAUUGAGGCACUCUUACUACAGCUUCGUAAGGGAUCUUUCUACACAGUGCAAACAAGUAGUUCGACACCACCUAGAUUCCGUUACUAGCCCAUACUCUCUUGUUUGCUACGAGAGCGACGUCAUAUCCGGCAGUUUUAGUUCAGGUGUGAACUCAAUUUUUCGAACAAACCAAUCAUUCGGUCUCGAUCUAUCCGAUGGGGCCCGCAUAUCGCGCAAGGAAAUAAUUACUGACCAAGAAAACAUCCCCCCUGAAAAAAAUGAAAUAACUCCAGGAAAAGUAGCUGAAUCGAGAGAAGCUCUCCGAGAAUGCCAGAUGACUGUGCCUGAAACCCCAUCGCCAGAUCAGCCAUGCGAUGGAAACUAUGCAGUUAAGAAGGAACUAGGUAACUGUAUCGAAGUCGGUGCAAGAAAGCGCCAUUCGAGAAUUGCUGGCAAUAACAGGAAUUUGGAUCAUUUUAGAGCACAAAACGGGGGUGCCCUUCAAUUUGGGGGUGGAGAGAAUGUUGCUUCGAGAUCUGGUUCGGCUUACACAGAGAUAUGUUCGUCUGCUGCACAGCAUUUUGCUCGAAUACGUGAAGUUCUUGUCGAGAGGGGCGUGGCGUCUACUUUAAAUUCUGGAUUUUUGACACCAUGCCAAGAGCGGCUUAGUGUAGCACUUGGAUUGGAUUUGUUUGCUGUGACUGAUGAGAGAUUUAUGGACAUGUUCGUUGCUCCGGGUGCAGUUGAUGUGCUCGAGACCGAGAGGCAGUCGCUUCAGAAACGUCAGAAAAUACUUCAUUCGUGCUUGAAUGAGUUCAAAAAUGUAGCUAGAGCACUUUGAAGAAAGCCUCUGGUUGAUUAUUAUUAUAUAUACGUGCAACCCAAUGCAGAUUGGAUUUGACGAGAGAUUCUUCGAAUAUUCUUUGUUUUCACAACUGGUGAAAACAUCAGAUGCUGUAAUGUGUGAACUGUGUGUUGAUGAUACAAUACACACUUGUUGAUUCAUGGAAAAAAUUUAGUCUUUGUUUUUUACCAGUUCUCUCAUGAAUAUAUCUUGUUGAAUCAAUUGCAGUGUGGUUCUGGAUGUACAAUGUUAUUACAGAAGAACUGUUGUUUAAGGUUU